ACACAAAAUUCAUAAAAUAUUAAUAUACAAACUUUUGGUAACACGUACUGCUUUACGCCCACAAGGCAACCAUCUUAUAUACCUCUUCUCUUUCUCUCUCUACUCUUUCCAUUAUAUAUAGCCUCCUCACCCCUUCCUCAUUUUUCAUAUAAUUCACUUUAACUCUAAAUUAAUUCCAUCUCUCUCUUUCUACAUAUAUUUCUCCCUUUCUCAUCUCUUCAGAUUCAUAUAUAUUAUACAUAAUGGAUAGAAAUAAUCAGAUGCGCAGGCAGAUUGCCGCAAUGAGGCAAUCUCUCUUUGAUCAGGGGUUUCUAGAUGAACAAUUCAUCCAAUUGGAGGAGUUGCAAGAUGAUGCUAAUCCUAACUUUGUAGAGGAAGUUGCUACAUUAUACUACCGAGAUUCAUCUAGACUCAUCUAUAACCUCGACCAGGCACUAGAGAAAAGUCCUCUGGAUUUCAAUAAGUUAGACAACUAUAUGCACCAACUGAAGGGAAGUAGCACAAGCAUUGGAGCCAAAAAGGUUAAAGCAGAGUGCACUCAGUUUAGGGAAUAUUGUAGGACAGCAAAUGGAGAAGGAUGCAUCAGGACAUUUCAACAGCUGAAGAGAGAGUAUGCUCUGUUGAAAAAGAAGCUUGAAACAUUUUUUCAGAUGAAAAGACAAGUUGGACAUGGUCAGGCUGCAUGCCGCUCCAAGUAAUAUGAUGGAUGGUGCUAUAUUUUUUUGGGUAAUAAAAAGCAAGAGACUGCUUGAAUCUUAAUUAGAAGCCACACACACAUAUAUAUAUAUGUACCGAUCGAUAUGUAAACGCCGUUAUAGUAGUGGCCUGGCGUAUAAUAAUAUAGUAGGAUAUAGUUUUUAGGUUAAUAUCAAUCAAAUGAUGUACUUUUUUGGAAAGUCAACACAUGCAAAAUCAAUCUAAUGGAAAGUUCACUCUCA